CCGGCCCGAGGGCUGCGCCGGGAGCGCGGCGGGGAGCGCGCGGCGGGGCGCGGGGCCGGUGCCCCCAGCCCGGCCGAGAUGAGCCCCCUCCCCGCGGGCAACGGCAGCGCCUGGGGGGGCUCCGGCAACUGCAGCGGGGCGGGCAGCCUGGGCCGGCAGUGGGUGCUGGGCACCGCCAUCAGCCUCACCGUCCUGGUCACCGUGGCCGGUAACUUGCUGGUGAUCGUGGCCAUCGCCAAGACGCCGCGGCUGCAGACCAUGACCAACGUCUUCAUCACCUCGCUGGCGUGCGCCGACCUCAUCAUGGGCUUGCUGGUGGUGCCGCCGGGGGCCACCAUCCUGCUGAGCGGCCAGUGGCCCUACGGCACGACGGUGUGCGAGCUGUGGACCUCGCUGGACGUGCUGUGUGUCACGGCCAGCAUCGAGACGCUGUGCGCCAUCGCCGUGGAUCGCUACCUGGCCAUCACCUCCCCGCUGCAGUACGAGGCGCUGGUGACCAAGGGCCGGGCCCGGGCCGUGGUGUGCCUGGUGUGGGCCAUCUCUGCCUUCAUCUCCUUCCUCCCCAUCAUGAACCACUGGUGGAGGGACGGGGCGGACGAACGGGCGGCGCGCUGCUACGACGACCCGCGCUGCUGCGACUUCGUCACCAACGUCACCUACGCCAUCGUCUCCUCCACUAUCUCCUUCUACGUGCCCCUGCUCGUCAUGAUCUUCGUCUACGUGCGGGUUUUUGCCGUGGCCACGCGGCACGUGCAGCUCAUCGGCAAGGACAAGGUGAGGUUCCUGCAGGAGCCGCCCAGCCCCACGGGCAGGAGCAGCCGGCGCCGGCGACCCUCCCGCCUGCUGGCCAUCAAGGAGCACAAAGCGCUCAAAACCCUGGGCAUCAUCAUGGGCGUCUUCACGCUCUGCUGGCUGCCCUUCUUUGUGGCCAACAUCAUCAAGGUCUUCUGCCGCUCGCUGGUGCCCGACCAGCUCUUUCUCUUCCUCAACUGGCUGGGCUACAUCAACUCGGCCUUCAACCCCAUCAUCUACUGCCGCAGCCCCGACUUCAGGAGCGCCUUCCGCAAGCUGCUGUGCUGCCCGCGCCGCGCCGACCGCCGGCUCCACGCCGUCUCGCAGGACCUGCAGCGCUGCCCCUGCGCCUUCAGCCCCCGGGGGGAGCCCGCAGGGGACAGCAAGGCGGCCCCCGGGCGCCCCGGGGAGGACGGCGAGGCUCGGGGCAGCGGCGGCAGAGCGGAGGAGGCUCCUCUGCCCGCGGGCGGUGGCCACCGGCAGCGGCCCCUGGGCGAGUCGCGGCUGCAGGGCGCGCAGACCGCGCUGUGCUCCCAGCUGCAUGAGUAGGUUUGCUGGCGGAGAAACUCCCGCGGGUCCAUCCGACUGACUGCGAGCAGCCGAGAGCUGGGAGGAGAGCGCUUCCCCGGCCGGGCCAGCGCCGCUCCGGCCUCUCCUCUGCCCGCCUUGGCCGCCGCCCUCCCCGGGGACCGCAGCCCGUGGCCAGCCCGUGGCUGCUGCCCGGCUUCGGGCACGUGAGUCCGGAUCGGCGCGGCCGCAGCCCCUUAACCCUGCUUGUGCUGCUGCCGGGCCGGCUCGCUGGGGCUGCACGCCGCUCCCGGAUCCCCCCGCGCCCGCUGGGGUGGCGGCUGUGGGUCCCUGUCCCCAGCCGAGCCCGCUGGGUGACCCUGUGUCACCUCGCACCCUCUCCUUGCAGGGCCGGGGUUGCAGAAGCAGCGCCAGGGGUGACGGGGCUGCCAGGAGCCUGCACCGACCCGGAGAGGAGGAGGAGGAGGAGGAUCUCCCUGGUGGUCCUGGGACAGCACCAGCUCCUUCGUGCUGGAGACCCGGAGCUGGGGAGAAGCCCUGGAGCUGCUCAGCGAGGGGCAGCACAGCCUCAGGGAUGUGUGGACAGGGGACAAGCUCCCAUCUGGGUGCUCCUGGCACGCUGGCAGUGGGAUGUGCAGACUGCCAGCUCUGCCCUCUUGAAGGACAAAGGACCCUGUUGUCCCAGGCUUGGCCAGUUUCGGACAGUGUGCCGAGGAGACAAGAGCCUCCUGCAGGCUCGAGCCCUUCCCAGGACUUCCAUCCCUGCCCCAGCUGCUGCAUUCCGGGGCUGAGCUCAAUCCAGGAGCCGCAGCGACGUCUUCAGCAGAGGAAAAGCUCAGGGGAAUGAAUGAGGAGCGCUCCGAGCACGGAGAAUUUCCAAACACAGCGAGCUGGGAUGGUCUCGGGCCCCUCGGCAGUUCCCCCUCUCGUUGGGGACAGGUGCCCGUGUCCCCGGGGGACGGGAGGUGGAUUCUCAUCUCACAGUGUCUGCACAGGUUUAUCCCGGGUUGUGUCCCCCUGCCUGUGAAAUAAACCUCUGGAUCUCC